GCAUAUAUAAGCAGUAGUUCAUGUGGAUUUCAACUAAAACCACGACAAUGGUCUACUCUACUAAACUCACUCUUGUCCUGUUGGCUUUUCGUUCCUCUGUUAUGCUGUCCUCAGGUGCUGGCAUCCCUGAGGUGGUCACCAAUCUGGAGGACACUGACACUGAGGUGUUCACCAGAGAAGGAGAAGAUGCCAUCUUACCGUGUGGUCUGGGUUCCCCGGUGAACCUGAAGGAUGAGGUGUUUGACUGGAAGAAGGAGCAGCAGGAGGUGUUCUUCUAUGAAAAGGGCAUGGACUACAACAACGGCAAGCGUGGACAAGACCCCCAGUUCGGGGGCAGGGUGGGCCUUCUCCCAGGGGGCCUGCAGGCCGGUAACGCCUCUGUGGUCCUGUCCAGUGUGACCGAGGCCGACGGCGGAGUGUAUAAGUGCAUCUUCCCACCUUUGGGACCGACGAGAUUGAUCCGGCUGACUGUAGAGCGCGUCCCCGAUGACGCUCCCCCAAAUAUCAGGAAUGCGGUGGUGGAGCCGCGGUUGAGGCUGGAGGUGGUAGAGGCUCCCCCGUCCUCCGGCUCGGUGCGGCUGUCCUGCUUCUCCAGAGGAGGCCAGCAACAGCCCAGCGGUCUGGAGUGGCAGACCCCCAACGGAACUGUGAUCCCUGCAGAAGAAGCACCGCCGGCCGCCUCCUCAGACAGCGACGGCUGCUACUCCAUCAGUCAGACGGUGAAGGUGACCGAGCCAGGCAACUACACCUGUCUGGCCCGGCAGCAAGGCGUCCACCCUGCGGUCAGAGGCACCAUCCAAGUGUUUGUCAAUUGGCAGUCGUUGACCGGCGAUCAUGAAGAGGUCUUCUGGAAUGGUACCAACAACGCCCUUUGUGUUUUGUCUAUUCUCUCUAUUAUGUUAUCAUUUGGAGCUAAAAUGUACAAAUGUUGUGCCAAAAAGAAAAACAGUAAGGAAGGUAUAGUGUAAAAUACAACCAACAAAGGGCCUCCAAGGGAUGACACCUCAUGACACCUCCUGAUAGCGCUCUGGCAGGUGCCCCUAACCUUCUGAUUGAGAUCAGAGCCGGUCCUAGGGUGACCCCUGAGGAAGUUAUCUCUCUGGAGUCAAUAAGUGGAUGACAAUACAUUUUGCGAAUGACAAUAUAUUUUGUCAUUCUGAUUGCUGUAGUAGUUGCCAAUGGUGGGCUGUUACUUACUACAGGUGAUUAUUUGCUGAUAAUUUUGCAUUAUAGCGAAUCGGGAUGCAAUUAAUAGUUUGAAAUAUUCACCAAAAAUCAAAAAUCUUUUCAUUCUGAUUGCUGUAGUAGACCCUAUAUGAAUAUAUUAUUAUAAUUAAUUUUGAGGCCUUCGUGUUGGUUUAGCUGGUUUGACAGCUUUGCA